AUGGCGUCGCCUCUCGUGCUGCACACCUUCAUCUUCGCCACCACCAAGCAGCUACUGUGCCUGAGAGGGCAGAAGGAGGACGACAUGUCGCAGCUGGCGGUGCGGGCGCCGUCGAUCCACCAGAGCGAGGCUCUCAACCACGCCCGAAACGAGAUCGAGUCGCUGGAAGGGCCUCCCUCGGACGGAAUGAUCUUGGCGGUCAUCAUCCUCGCUGUCAAUGGCACACGUCGACAACACAUCCCACCACAACCUCAUCCGGUCUCUCCCCUCGCAAAGACCCAGAGCCUCCAUCUCUUCAGUCUGCUGAACGUCGUCGAAGCGCACGUCAAAGCGGUUGCCCAGCUCGUGUCUCUGAAGGGGGGUCUGGAAGCGGUGGAUACGUACGGUGUCCGAGAUACGCUUUUGCUAGCCGACAUUUACUUCUCAUCCAUACUGGGCACGAGGCCCGGUCAAGUCUGGCCCACACCGGUGACGAGUCUUGUCGAUGCUGGCCUGCACUCGCUGGACGCGAGGGCCGAACACCUCGGUUCCCAGCUCGGCACGGGGUUUGGCCCCUUCAAACUAGACGACGACCUCCGGGUCGUCCUCCAGCUCAUGUGCGACCUUGUCGUCGCCCUGGACCACCACGUCCGCAAGGGAAGCCACCCGCCGGAAUGGUCCGACAUCAUCCUGCAGCGCAACGCCGUGCAGAACAAACUCCUCUGCCUGAAGCCGUUGACGCACGAGGAAUUUGUCAAAGCGGGUACGCUCAACAACAUCACCCGCCUCGCCGCCAACAUCUUCAGCGACAUGGUCCUCUUCCCGCUCAGUCCCGCCACGGGGAUCAAGCCGCGCCUGGCCGGCGAGCUGCGGCGGUGUCUGCGGACCCUACCCAUCCUCGACAUCGAGGAGUACGGUCCCCCCUCGGAGUUUUUCCUCUGGGUGCUCACGCUCGGCGGGAUCGCCGCGUCCUUCACCAGGCACCGCGGCUGGUACAUCGAGAAGCUGGCCGAGCAUUAUGGGGAGGUCCUGGUCCUUUGCAAAAGCGGUGGUGGGAGUGGGAGUGGGAGUGAUGAUUCGGUGCUAAAGCGCAUGCGCCCCUUCCUGUGGUGGGCAGACGUCUGCGAUCGGCCGGCACGGCUGCUGUGGGCACAGUCGCGCGACGUCUACGACGAGGAGAGGAGUCUCGAGGGGGAGUAUCCCCCGGUUUCGACAUGA